ACAUCAACACGUAAGAACAGAGUUGCUGCUCUCUGUGAAAAUGAGCAGCAGUGGCACCCGACGCAGGGCUGCAUCAGUGCCGAAUUCAGACACCGAUGACAGAGAACCAGAAGUGGGCUUAAAAAAGGAGAUCGGGCUCCUUAGUGCGUGUGGUAUUAUUGUGGGUAACAUCAUUGGGUCUGGGAUUUUUGUAAGUCCAAAGGGUGUUUUGGAAAAUUCCAGUUCAGUGGGUGUGGCUCUCAUAGUGUGGACUCUGUCUGGCGUUAUCACUGCCAUCAGUGCUCUGUGCUAUGCUGAACUGGGAGUCACAAUCCCAAAGUCAGGCGGGGACUAUUCCUAUGUUAAGGACAUCUUUGGAGGCCUAGCUGGGUUUCUAAGGCUGUGGAUUGCAGUGUUGGUGAUAUAUCCAACUAACCAGGCUGUGAUUGCCCUCACAUUUGCCAAUUACGCAUUGCAGCCUCUCUUCCCUUCCUGCUUCCCUCCAGAGAGAGCGCUGGGUCUGCUUGCAGCCGUCUGCCUGUUACUGUUAACUUGGAUUAACUGCUAUAGUGUCCGCUGGGCAACACGAGUACAGGAUGUGUUCACCACAGGCAAACUCUUUGCCCUCUUCCUCAUCAUCAUCAUGGGUAUCGUGCAGAUCUGCAAAGGUCACUUUUAUUGGUUGGAGCCAGAACAUGCAUUUCACCCUUUCCAGCCCUAUAACAUGGGUCGCAUUGCACUCGCUUUCCUCCAGGGCUCCUUCGCUUAUGCAGGCUGGAACUUUCUUAAUUAUGUAACAGAAGAGCUCAUUGACCCCUACAGGAACCUGCCUCGUGCAAUCUUCAUCUCAAUCCCUCUGGUCACUUUCAUCUAUGUAUUUGUGAAUAUUGCAUAUGUUACAGCUAUGAGCCCUCAGGAACUGAUAGCCUCCAAUGCUGUUGCUGUGACAUUUGGUGAAAAGCUGCUUGGGGUAAUGUCAUGGAUCAUGCCCAUUUCUGUGGCUCUGUCCACCUUCGGAGGGGUGAAUGGUUCCCUUUUCACAUCAUCUAGGUUAUUCUUUGCAGGUGCGAGGGAAGGGCAUCUUCCCCAUCUGUUGGCAAUGGUUCAUAUGAACCGCUGUACACCCAUCCCAGCUUUGCUUUUCACUUGUAUAUCAACACUGCUGAUGUUGUGCACCAGUGAUAUAUACACCCUCAUCAACUACUCUGGCUUCUUAAACUACCUGUUUUACGGGGUCACUGUUGCCGGGCAGAUCGUGCUUCGCAUCAGAAAACCACACAUACAUCAGCCAAUCAAGGUGAGCUUGGCAUGGCCAGUAAUUUUCCUGAUAUUUUGGGCAUUCCUGCUGAUCUUCUCUCUGUACUCGGAGCCUAUGGUGUGCGGCAUUGGUCUGGGCAUCAUGUUGUCAGGUGUUCCUGUGUAUUUAUUUGGCGUCUAUUGGGAAAACAAGCCCAAGCCCUUUAACUCAUUUGUUGCUAAACUGACACGCUUGGGGCAGAAGUUGUUCCUGGUGGUAUAUCCCGCUGAGGGCAGUGAAGAUGGAAAUGAAGACAAAGAGGAAUCUGAAUAGGAUUACAGCAAGUUCACUGAUGGAUAUUCAUUCAUCAGUUGGGCUUAAGCAAUAUGGGUUUGGUAGGUUACGAAAAUGCAAAACAAACACGCACAUAGUACAUAAAAAAUAAUUUAAUAGCUAAAAAAGUGUUUUUCAUUUGAAAGGCUGGACUUAAACAUUCUUGGUGCAAUACUGCCACCCAUUGGCAUGAUUAUUAGAUGCAAUAUAAAUAUUGUUGCUGUCUGUUAUAGAUUUGUAUUUUUAUAACGAGCAUAUUAUUGUGUUCUCUUGAUCAGUCUCUGUUGUUUGUAUUCCUUACAUUUUGUUCUCUAUUAUAAAAGGGUUGAAAAACUAUGAUGAUACAUUUUUGCAUUUGUUGUGUGUGCAAGCGUUUAACUUUUAUUCACAUUUCAGACUUCUUAAAAAUAAACACAAAACAACACAAACAGCAAAUGAGGAGAAAGAAAGAAACCUGUCUUGAAUGUGUGUUAUUAACCAGCAUGGAAUCGUGCCAGUGUGGAAAAUGUCUGUAAUUUAGGAGUAAAUGGGAACAAUAGCCUGCUGUGUUAUAUAACCCACACCCUACACCCUGCUUUCAUGUUGGACAAGGACAACAAAACAUGUCCAGAAUUAUGUUACAUUUUGGGCCUUGAAUCUAUAGUAGUGCAAGUAAGGUAAACCACUAUUUGUUUAUUGGAGAGCUUACACUUUAUUUUAAACUGACCCAUUUCAUGCCUUUAUCAAUGAUAAAAUAUAAUAUGUUAAAAGAAAUUAAUUUUGUGCACACUAAAGCAAAGUUCCAAAUUUAAGUUAGCUAAUAUGGCAGUUAGAAUACACCAGAGUCACCAUGUCACCAUCUACAAGUUAAAAUACAUUAUAUAAUACAUUAUACAAUGUGCUGUUGUUAUACAAACCCCACAGUGUUUACAACAGUAUGACUUUAUUCCACUACAGUCAUGUCCAUUCUUUGGAAGACAAAUGAGUUCUGCCCCCAAUGCACAGUACAGUCUGUCUAAGAAUGGAGUUGGCAGAGUUCAGCUCCUGAACAAACAAUGCAUAAACGAAUGCCCCUACAAAAUAAAAAAAAA